AUGUAUUUGGACGACGUCAACGGUACUGCUCAAACCGAAGGUAACUACAGUUGUUACGACGGCGGAGGCUGCGGAAACAACACUGCUGUAGCGCCGUUAGGUGCCGUACUGGACUCUAUCACCGUGGCCAUGCUCAGCCAGACUUGUUUGCAUUCGGUGUUCAACCAUCCCUAUUUUCAUUUUUCACAUGCCAUCAUGUUUAUUUGCUACAUGCUACCAUUUGGAUCUCCUUGUCAGUUGAUUCUCCUCAUUCGCAUUGGCCUGGCUGGUGCCACUACCAUUAUGGCGUUAUGGGCUAGGAAUGUCCAGUGCUGGGUUGACAGCCUCUUGUGGAAUGCUGCUUCUGCUGCUGUCAAUGUCGUACACAUUCUAGUGUUAUUCUAUCAACUGAGGCCGAUCAAAUUUAAUGAUGAAUUAGAACUAGUGUACGAAACGCUUUUCUACCCUUUAAAAGUUAGCCGUAAACAAUUUAGUAAAAUAGUUUCCUGCAUGAAAAUGAUACGGCCUCUAAAAACUCUCGAGAUAUUUGCUGAAGAAAAAGUAACGAGGGUCGACAGCUUAUCGUUGGUGCUUUCAGGAAAAUUAGUAAUAUCACAGAACGGUAAUGCUCUGCAUAUUGUCUUCCCAUAUCAAUUCCUAGAUUCUCCAGAGUGGUUUGGUGUAUCUACUGAUGAAUUCUUCCAAGUAUCAGUCACAGCUGUAGAAGAUUCCAGGGUAUUAUUAUGGCAUAGAGACAAAUUAAGAUUGUCAAUAAUUACAGAUAAAUUUUUAUACACUAUUUUUGAUCACAUUCUUGGUCGAGAUGUUGUAAAAAAACUUAUGCAGGUAAGUGAAACUAUGUCUAAUGGCCAUUUACCUAAUCAGUGGUAUGAUGGAGAAGAAGCUGAAAUGGCAAAUAAUGUGAAUGAUGAGAAACAAACAGUUCUUUAUUUAAAGCGUAACGGUGACGGACAAGCAGGCAUUGAGACUAUAUUGAAACGAGAGUUACAAGGCGACCCAAAUGGCUGGAAAUUGAGUAGGAUUGAAGAAGUCGACCACGAGACUCCAGUGUAA